AUGAGACGCUUUCAUGAGCUCGCUGACGUGGUGUUGGGUGUUGCUGCAGAUUCAGUUCGCGUUCUGGGGAAAAGUAUUCUUCAUGAGGGUUUUUCGUCGUCUCCUUUCGAAGAGGAAACCGUCUCAGAUUCGGAUCAAGCGUCAACGAGUGCAGCGAGCCAGCCGAUUUCAGCGACGUCAGGUGCCAUCCGUAGCUCGCAGCAGCAGCCUCCUUCGCUGACAGGCGGAACGGACACUGCGAGGCACGCCUCGACUCGUGGCCCCCGUGGAGACGACCUUGUCGCCGAGACGCCACGCGUUGGAGGCCGCAAUUCAUCUGGCACUGAUCGGUUGCCAAGCAAGCGAGAACCCGCUCGGCCGAAGGUGACCCCAGCGGAUGUCGCUGGAAGCAAACGCACCGGGGCGUCACCUAGGGCGGCUGAGAGGGUCGCGUGGAAAGCGUGGACAACCGGGGUUGGCAAGGCGCGUAGUGUGGGACCAGGCCGUGCCUUGCGCGAGACGAGUUCUUCUGUGCUGGGGAAGUCAGCUUUGGUGCGCUCUAGCUCAGCGUUGAGCACGGGGACGCUUCGAGGUGGGAGACGCGACGUGACUGUAUCCCCAUCUCUUGCAUCCGCUUCGGCCGGUCAGGGCGUUGCCGUCGUCACCCGCGGCUCCAGAAGUCCGUACCCGGAAGCUUCGGUGCCACGUUCCCAGGGAUCCAGUUCCCGCUUUCAGCAGCGUAGCUCGCGCUCGAUUGGAAGCAGAACUGUGUCUCGUUCGUCAGCGCGUUCUGCUGAGUCACCCGCAUCAAUGGUGCCUCCUGUCAAACCGGGAGUUGGAGCCCAGGCGGGCAGACAGGCCAGGGGGCCGCGCCCGGCCGCCUCCGCACGCUUGGCUGCGUCUGCGGGGGCGCAGCCUGGGGUUGCCUCGCCGAAUUCCGCGAGGCGUCCAGUCAGUGAAAAAAGUGGUGGCUUACGCCCCACUGCGGCUGGAGAAACAGGGUCGGAGGGAAAUCGUCUUGACGAGGUGCCGACGCGAGCACACGGCUCCACGUAUGUCAACGUGUGCCUAGAUUCGUCGGCCGAAGAGUUGACUCUGAUCUCGUUCAACAUCCAGAUGCUAGUGGACUGCUGCUCACUCUCGGUGAAUUGGUGGAGCCGAGAGCGCCAGUUGCUUCCAUACUUGCGGAAGAUCUCGGAUAUUCACCAUCCGGACGUCAUCAUUUUCCAGGAGUGCUGGGCGGAGGAGUCUUGGAGGCUCAUUCAGUUCCUCAAGCAGGACAAAGACUGCCCUUUUCCGUACCAGACCCGUAUCCUGGGGAGCGACAAUGGGCCGCCAUGCAACUGCCCAGAUUGCGGAGACUGCUACUGCACAUGUUGUCAGUGCUGUGCCUGCUUGCGGUCUCCGUGCUGCUGUUGUUGUGCGCUCGCCUGCUGCCUCCCACCUGCCGCAAAGCUCGUAGGCCGCGCGAAUCAAAUGGCGAACGCGAGUCAGGCCGGCGAAGGUCAAAAAGACGGCGAGGGCCGCCCUCGGCCGUCGCCGCGGUGUGCAGCACCGCCGGAUGCGUGGACGUCUGUGAGUGGGAACUAUCAGGCCGCACGCCGCAACGGGGGCGUAGUUAUCGUUUCGAAAUGGCCUAUUCUGGAGCAGCACGCGUAUAUCUAUCACAAUGCCGCCAUGCCGGACUGCCUCGAGAACAAGGGCGCCGUAUUAGUGCGAAUCGACAAAGGGGGCAAGAUCUACAACGUUGUCGGGACGCACUUGCAAUCAGGCGACAGAAACAACGACAUCCGUCUCGCCCAGCUGAAGGAACUAGCGGUGUGGCUCCGCUCAGGCAUGGAAGAGUGUGAGCAGACAGAAUUCGCCUCAGCAGAAGCUGAUGAGGGCGCAGGGGAUAAGAGCGCACAGACGGCCGACUGUACGAGCGCCAGACGCCAAGGAAGAGAGCGACGAAGGAAAACCAAGAAGAGGGAAGCAACGCGGGAUGGAGGCUCUUGCUGUGGCUUGAAACGCGGCUGGCUUCCCAAGGGCCUGGUGAAGGCUACAGAGCCCUUAAUUAUAGGCGGAGAUCUGAACUUCCGCUACAAAGAAGACCAGCAGUACAUCUUGCAGGCGAUUCGGCCUGACUACCUCAACUGUAGCCUCUGCCUUGCGGAUCCGGCGAACCCACCGACUUCCUAUGACACGGUCUUGAACGACACCUGCUACAACAACAAUCGGGCAUCAAAAGUGCCCAUCAAGCAGCUCAUAGAUUUCUUUCUGCUCUCCAACGACCACUUUGGAUCGAUCUCCCGGUGGCAGCAGACCAUUACCGUUCCCGCCGACGAGCCCAUGACGUUCCGCUUUUUUGCCUGCCUGUGCAUGCCCAUUGGAAGCACGCAAGUUCAUCACGUUUCUGAUCACUUGCCAGUGUGCGUGACCAUCAGGCACUCGAAAGAGAAUUGA